AUGUCUUCCAUCAGCCAGUGCGUGGAAGCCAGAUCAAGAGAGCCAGAACCUUGUGGAGAAGAGUCCGCCACCAUAACAAAACCACCAGUAGCUGCGACGCUUCCAGAAGCAGUGGCUGAAAACAAGACAACGGCGCCGCGGAAGACCAAUGCCGAACUCGAGGCCAUCACCGAGCAAAACCAACUCGAUUCUCCCUUCCUCCGCCUCCCCGGCGAAGUGCGCAAUAUUAUCUACCAUUGCGCCCUCGGCAAUCACGAGAUCUACGCCAUGCCCACCCGCCCCGAAGGAUUUGUCUGCAUGGGCCGCCCGAACCACCAAUUCCCCUGGAAGCUGGAGCCCAUCGAGCAAAUUAUGGCCCUAUAUCUUCCGCUCGUCUGUCGGCAGAUCUGCUUUGAAAUGGGAAAAUACUUUGUAUUCAAGUUCAACUCGUUCGGCUCAACAAGGCCGGGCGAUUUCCACUUGCUGAUGGAGAGCUUGACGGUGGAGCAGCGGAGCAUGUUGGAGGCGCCGAUAUGCGUUGUGCUCAAGGCACAUGACCUUCACAGAGAUGCGUACGUUGACGAAUUUGAGGCUGGUGGUACUCAGGGAUUUGGAUUAUAUGGGAGAGAAGGCUAGGGUGGAAGUGGUCAAGGACAUAAGAAGUAUAGUUGAGAAGGAGGGGUUGGAGGUGGAGAUUGAGACUGUUGUUUCCCAUUCUUUUCAUGAUCGAGUAGUUUAUCGACAAGCUUGUUCUAGUCACUAUAGAACCACUCCGUACUACAUUGCUAGGAAAAGUAGCCUCUGUAGAUUAGAUUAGUUGUCUUUGAUACAGCGCCGAAUACCCGUGAAACGGUGUUAAGCUGAAUUGUUGGAAGCCGGAACCUACGCUUAAACCUCUAGAUAGAUCUGACAUAGUUCUUAACUUACUCAUCUCGGAACGUAAUCAUUAUAUUGAUGUACGGUAGACUUCCGACUGAAUCUGGAUAGAGAG